AUGUCGCGCGUCCUACUGCGGAAGCCGCCCACAGCCGACAUACAUAAUAAUGCGAGGCUCCCGCUGUCUCGCCGAUUCGCAAGUUCGGUAACUGCAUCUGGUUCCGCAUCAACAGCCUCGCCCCCUCCAUUGGCACAACCCAAGUCCCUCCUCCGCCGCACCGCCACCGUAUUCGCCCUCGGAGUGACCUUCACCUCUCUCGGCUUCGCCAUCAUGGCCGCUCCCGCGCUGCCCGCCCUCAACGGGCUCCUCGCGCCCCCCACCGAUGCCGAGACGCUCAAGCUAUUCACGCCCACCGACCCGCAAGAAGAAGAAGUCGAGGCCUUCAUUACGAACUCCUGGCUCGCCAAGAAAAUGCGCUCCAAGCCUGAGUUCUCCGAGUCCCGCCCGCACCUCAAGAUGCCAGCACCCUUCCGCACAAACAGCCUCACGACCGGCACGCUGAUGGGGCCGAAUCGCGUCGUGGUUCCGCCGUUUGUGUGGGCUGAGGAGGGUGGCAAGUCACUGGUUAGCAUAAGCUUUCUGGGGUCCGAGCUGUGUGGAUACCCCGGGAUUGUACAUGGUGGGAUAUUGGCCACGAUGCUGGAUGAGGGGCUGGCGAAGUGCUGUUUGGCGGCGCUGCCGCACAAUGUGGGCAUGACGGCAAACUUGAACAUCAACUAUAAAGCCCCAGCCAUGGCUGAAUCAUAUGUCGUCCUUCGAGCGACAACGACGAAAGUCGACGGGCGCAAGGCGUGGGUAGAGGGCCGUAUCGAGACUUUGGUGCCGGAAGGCGAGACGCCUGUGGUACUUGCUGAUGCGACGGCGUUGUUUAUAAGUCCUAGGCAGGCUGCGAUGAUGGCGAAUGUAUACCCCACCACCUAG